CACAGCCAUGAUGUUUCCUUACCGUCACCUGCCCCUGGGUACACACACCCUCCAUGCUUUCCCCAGACGUCUGCCUUUCUCUCCUUAAACACCUGCAAACUUGGCUACGAAAAGUCCCAUAGACUCAGCCCACAAGGGCAGCUGCUCCGGAGGCUCAGGACCCUUGCUCUGCAGGUGCCUGUGACAUCAUCAGCUUCAACAGCCCCCUGUGACCUCACCACCUGGACGACUCCGCCCAGCAGGGCCGUGGCCACUCCUUCAAUUGGCACAAGUGACAGAGGGCCUAGAUGACCUCUGUGCCUUUGGGAGAGGCCAGAGCCGCCAGCAUCCCCACACAUGGUGAGAGCAGGGCAGCAGACAUCCCAGCAGUGGGGUCCCGAAGUCAGGUCCCCCUCCUUGCAGAUGUCCCAGUGUCAGCUGACCAGCGGGAUGUAGACCAGGCCUCUGUCCAGCCAGCCACCUUGGAGGCCGUGUCAGAGUCUGGGGACAAGGACAAGCAUGAAGCUGCCGCAGGAUCUGCCCAGGAGCCCACGGAGGUCCUGCUUGCUUACUUGGCCCCAGAUGUGCUGCAAACAUCCAGGGGCCUCCAGAACCUGCUGCAGGACGGGCCGCUGCAAGAUGCAAGGAUGACCCAGAGUCCUAAGAGUCUCCAACACACCUCCCCGACUGAGGAGGAGGAGGAGACACCGCAAACAGCGGGCAUCUCAGACAUGGAGCCGGAACCAGCCUCAUCUCUCCCAAGUGUUCAGGUGCAGCCCUCCCAAAAUGCGGAGGCGCCGCCUGUCGUGAGCGCUGCAGACGCCAAUGGCCAGCUUGAUACUCUGGCCACUGGCUCCACUGAAGCUGUUGAGGAGAAACCUGAGGGUCCAGAGGCCUUGGACCCUGACACAGACACCGCACCAUCGGCCCCCGCCUUGCCUGGCUGCCGACAGGUGGCCCUGGGGAGGAGGCGCCUGGACUUCAUGGCCAGAGAGGACAACAGCUACAUGCGCUCCGUGACCAGCUUGCUGGGCGGGGGCGAGGGGCCCAUCAGCUCCCUGGCAGACAUCCUGGUGUGGUCUGAGACCACCAUGGGCAUGACCAGGGGCAUCCUGGCCUCUGGCCACGGCUCCGUGACAGACCUGCUGCGCAGCACGGGGCCCCGCCUGCACCCCGCCUCCAGCAUCCUGGGGAGCCCCAGCCCCGCCUUCUCCUCCGGGCUGGUGGUGGGGACCAGCUCGGCCCUGCGCUCCAUCACCCACAUGCUGGAACUGGCGGAGCGCAGGACCAUGGAGGGCAUCCGCUUGGCCGUGCGCUACCUGACCAGCCACCUCACCUCUCGCCAGGCCCACACGGGCCCCAACCUCAACUAGAUCUGUACUCAGCAGCCUCCUGAGACCCCUGGGACACUCAUGCUCUGUCCUCUUGCCCAUGUGCAGCCUGGGAGCUCUCCCCAGACCGGGCAAUAAAUCACCAGCAAACGUU